AUGGUUGAUAUUGAAGUUCAAACUCAAUCACAAGUGAUACAAGCUGAUAGUGAGGCAAAGGCAAGUGUGCAACCUCCAAGUGAUGAAGGUAAUGAGCAGUCAGACAAAGAUUCGUGGCACUCAGAGGAGUUGAAGAGCCCAAUUAGUACAGAUGAUGAGGAUGAUGAGAAGGCUGUUUUCCCAAUUUUUAAUCCAAAUUCAACCUUUGGUCAAGUUCACCUAGAGUUGGGGAUGGAAUUUGAAAACCUUGACUUGUUUAAGGAUGCGCUUAGAGACUACACAAUUCACCUAGGAAGGGAAUUUGUUUGGAAGAAGAAUGAUCGUGAAAGGGUUAGAGCGAAGUGUAAGGAACAAGAGUGUAAGUGGGAGAUUUUUUGUUCUUGGAACAAAGGUGAAAAAUGUUUCCAAGUCAAAACUUUCAAUAGUGAACACUCAUGCGCUAGAGUUUUCAAAAACAAAACAGCAAAGAAAAAGUGGAUCUCUAAGAAGCUUGAGGCAAAGAUUAGGCAGCAGCCAACAAUCACAUAUAUACAAGACUUUGAUUACUUAAAGGAGGAAUUUGGAGUGCAAAUUAACGACACCAAGCUAUUUAGGUCAUUAAAAGAAGCAAGACAGUUGGUGGAAGGUGAUGUUAACCAACAAUACGCAAAGAUUUGGGACUAUGCUCAUGAGUUACUUAGGAGUAACCCGGGGUCAACAACUAAGAUUGAUUGUAUUCCUAUUCCCAAUGCUCCACCUCAGUUUCAACGUUUCUAUGUAUGUCUAGAAGCUUGUAAGUUAGGUUUCAAGGCUGGGUGUAGACCAUUCAUUGGUCUAGAUGGUUGUUUUUUAAAGGGUUAUUAUGGGGGACAACUACUAGCUGCAGUUGGACAAGAUGCAAACAACCAUAACUACUGUAUUGCUUAUGCAAUUGUGGAUGCUGAGAAUAAAGACAACUGGAGAUGA